AUGAAGCCCGGUUAUAUACAUUCAAACGUCGCAACAUCCAGUUUCAUUCUUCUCAUCUAUCAACCAAAAUCAUUCUUGCUGCAUAUUGGUCAUUCUUAUGACGAUUUCCAACUUUUCCAUAUAAAAACUGCACGGCUUUCCAAGAUACAAUGGCUCCUACUAUUCCUGUUUCACACUGUGUUGAGUGUUGGCUGCUAUGGACUUUUCUGUAUCGAUGCUAACACCCUUAAGAAGGAUGGACUGAUCGACAAUUUCCAUUUCAUUCGAUAUGUUUGUAUUGCUAUCAAUCUAUUUUCAAUUCCUAUGACUUAUCAAUCACUGCUUGCUUGGAGUUCGGACAAGUUGCAGUUUGUUGGAAUUCAUCCGGAGACAAAAGUGCAUUGGAAAGGAGAUAUGAGAAAGAUGGAAGAUGGGAAAUGGGAAGUGGAUCAGUCUCCAGGAGAUCAUGAUUUGUGUAAUGUCUAA